CUUCAGCUGUCAGACUUUGGCCACCCCGAAAGUACAGGUUUUGUUAAACUAAUUUAGAGUUAACGUUUCACGCUGACUUUAAUUCAAGUUGUGCAUUUGUUUGCUAAUCGAUCAUUGAACCGCCGGGCAGCUGAGUAAAGCGUCUGAACUGCGCGAAGAUUUUAUUUUAUUUUUUAAAGCGCUGCUGGAUUUUUGCACAAGCCGCCGAUCCUGAGCGGACGUAAAAAGGGUCGAUGCAGGGAGGGAGGGAGUGAGAAACAGGCAAAAGUCUUUGUGCUUCCCUUCCCCCUCCGCAAAGCAAAGGGGAAAUGUCUCUGCCUAAAGCAGGGAAGAAGAAAAACCCUGGGCUGAAGCUGUCCAAAGACGUGUUUACGCAGCCCACACCAACGGGAGCAGGGCCCCCUCGAGAUCUUGAUUCGAAAGCUUGCGUCACAAUUGGAGACGAGAACUUUGUGGUGAAGGCUGAUGACUUGGAGCAGAUUGAAGAGCUGGGGAGGGGAGCGUACGGCGUGGUGUACAAGAUGAAACACGUGCCCAGUGGUGUUAUCAUGGCUGUGAAGAGGAUCCGUGCUACAGUCAACACUCUGGAGCAAAAGAGGCUCCUGAUGGACCUGGACAUUUCCAUGAGGACAGUGGACUGCUUCUACACUGUUACGUUUUAUGGCGCCCUCUUCAGAGAGGGAGAUGUUUGGAUCUGUAUGGAGCUCAUGGAUACCUCUCUGGAUAAGUUCUAUAAGAAGGUCAUUGAAAAGGGCAAAACCAUCCCUGAGGACAUUUUGGGCAAGAUCGCAGUAGCAAUUGUGAAAGCUUUGGAACAUCUGCACAGGAACCUGUCAGUGAUACACAGAGAUGUGAAGCCCUCCAAUGUUCUGAUCAACAUUCAGGGUCAAGUUAAAAUGUGUGACUUUGGCAUCAGUGGCCAACUGGUGGAUUCUGUAGCAAAAACCAUAGAUGCAGGCUGUAAGCCCUAUAUGGCGCCUGAACGCAUUAACCCAGACCUCAGUCAGAAAGGCUACAGCGUCAAGUCAGACAUUUGGAGUCUUGGUAUCACGAUGAUUGAGUUGGCCAUUUUGAAAUUCCCCUAUGAUCUGUGGGGCACCCCCUUCCACCAUCUCAAACAGGUGGUAGAUGAGCCAUCUCCCCAGCUGCCCGCGGACCGUUUCUCCCCAAAAUUUGUAGGCUUCAUUUCCCAGUGCUUAAGAAAGAAUCCAUCUGAGAGACCAGCUUACCCAGAGUUAAUGGCACAUGAGUUUUUCACCUUUCAUGACUCCAAAGAGACUGACGUUGCCAGUUUUGUCAAGGUGAUACUGUAUGACUGAUGGGCUCCGUGCACAUUCCAGCCUGUCAGGGUAGGCGGGACCCAUCAGCACAUGAACCAAUGGCUUAGCAUUUAAGCUCACUCGAACGAUGGACUUUCAUUCACCCAGACACAGCUGGGGGUGGGAGUGGGGUUUUGGGGGAGGGGGAUGAGAGAGACCCAAAAGCCUGACCGCAUUGGAGUAGAAGGGUGGAUGUAAUAUAAACUCGUCAUGUCAACUGGAGACGUAAAAUUCCUCCCCUCCUCUGGUGUGUUAAAAUCCAACACAACAAAUAUGAACUGAACACAUUGCCUUUAUUUUUUCCUCUCCUGGUCUCAACAUAAUGAAAUAACUGCUAUCUCUUUGUGACAUGUAUUUUAUGAAUACUACAAAAUUAACAUUAACAGACAGUCUUUGUUUAAGGAACGUUGUGUUUGUAUGUUCUGAUCACACAAGUUUUUGAUACUGUAUCAGCCAUUCUUUUGGGGACUUGAUCAGCUGAACCGUGUGACCUGGUGAUUUUUUUUUUUUUUUUGCCCGGUAGUUAAGACACCUUGACACUUGCAUGAAUUUGAUCCCCUCAGUAAACUUGUUGUAAACUGUGCGUGGCUGCGUGCCAGUACGCAAAGAAAAUUUUGAAAUGUUCAAAAUUUCCGACACACAUUUUCAUGCCACAUGCGUGAACUAGUUGUGAACGCUGCGCAUCCUAUUCGAAAACACUGUGUGUCGUUGUGUGUCACUGUGCACAGCGCAUCUGAUCGAUUUAUAACGAGAUGUUACAUCUAAAAUAAACAUAACUUUACAGAUACAUUAUCUAACUUGUAAGAGUGAAAAUGCAACUGUUUCACCAAACCAUUACAACAUGUAUAUUAUAAAUAAUUACCUUUGAGACAAAAUUCCAAAUGCAUUAUCUAUGUUCCCCAUUACACAACGCGCGCAAGACAACCUGCAGCUGUACAGUAUUUCUCUGUGAUUCUGGGAGCGAUGGCGUCCAGCGGGACAAAGCGGGAAGCAUUGGCACGGCGAAUUGCAGUGCCGCAGUAACAGGGGGAUCAAAUUCCUGCAAGUGUUCAAGGUGCCUUUAGUGGGAAGUCAAUGCAGGGGAACAGUUGCAGGCAUCUGUGUUGGAGACUCAGGAGCUUGUGAGCACCUUGAGACGAGUUAAAGGUCAUGUUCUGACAGGAAGAUUUACAAGUUAUUUCCAGAUCUCUUGGAAGUAUUUCAUGCAAGAUGUCGAGUUGAUGCAGACCUCUUCAUGCAGCCUCUUACUCCUUUUCUCACAGGAGUGAAAGUAUUUGGGGCUUUCAGUUUCAUAUUAGAAACCCCCCCCCCCCCCCCCCCCCCCCCCAUGUGCCAGUUCUACGUUUUGAACAGCCUUCUUGUGCAUUACCAACCCCCUGAUUUGCAUUUUAAAUAUAUUUCAGUAGCAUUAGACUUUAGUAUAUACCUUCUCAAGCUUGGUGGAGCCCUUUUCAGGUGAGGCACUUCUUUUUUUUCUGAGACAUUUUAAAGACUUUCAAAUAAAAAAAUAUUAAGGAAAUAAUUUAUGUGUUGAAGAUGUAAAUACUCUGUUUUCUUUCUUUUUUUUAUGUGCCCUGAUGGUGGUGUUUCUACAGUGGUUUGUAUUACGUUGUAAUGUGGUGUGACUUGCUCCCACACACCAGUUGAUCAUUUUAUCUGGAUUGAUGUGCUUUCAUGCUCCACCACUUAGGUUUCUUGGAAUCUCCUUCAAGGAGGACGCCCCCCCCCCCCCCUUUUUUUUUCUUCUUUUUCUCCACGGUCAGUUUUCCAGAGACAGACUUUGUCUGUAUGUGGUGGGCAUCUAUUAUUAUUAUUAUUAUUAUUAUUAUUAUUAUACUAUGCAGUGACUCAUCUUGGAUAUCAAACAGGAGGGUUGUGCUGUUUGAAAUCUUCCCCACUGAGUGUUCAGAAACUGACAGUGAUGAUGAGGAUGGCCAGCACUCAUACAGCCUGGUUCAGACUGUAGUCAAAUGUCAGGGAGUUGGGAGUAUUUAUGAUUGUGAAUACGGGAAUUCUAGUAAAACCACACCGAAGCUGCUUACUUUCUGUUCAUUAGGCAUCUUUGCAUGGCCAUUCCCUUUGUGUGUAACAGAUUUUACACUGAUCAUAGUGAAAAUGGAACACCUCUUCUUCUCGCUCCUCUGUUCUGUUUUCCACCUUCUCAUUUGGUGGGACUGGCAAACUUGAACUACGUAGAGACAACAAUUAAAAUAAAGGCUUUAUUAUUUAA